AUGGAUAAAGUAGGUAUAAAACGUCGUCGCAAAUCCGAUAAAAUCAAGAACGAGGAGGCUGAUGUUGGAGAAUCAUCGAAUAUUCAAAAAUCCGUAAUGUCAGAUUUAAUUGGUGACAUAGAUGGUAGUAAUUCGGAAGCUAAGAAGAAACCCAAUAAAUUAGCCUGGACUAAAGAUCAAAGAAUUCAAUUAUUUGAAGCAAUCAUUAAACGAUUACCCUCACCUUUGGAUUGGAAAGAAAUUGCUGAGGAUGUUGAUGGAAAAUCUCAUACUCAAUGUUAUGAUCAAUGGCGUAAAAGAAUGUUGUCAGAUUUAAAGAAGUCCGUUGCUUCUGAAUGA